UUGCAGGUCUUUUAGGUGUUUUAGUGUCUCUUCUCGUGGCAGCAGUUUAUGUGGAAACACCUUCUGACGAUCCAAAAAUAUCAGAUCGUGAACUGCAGCAUAUAUUACAAAGUUACAAUAGUUCUCCUGUAAAACGGCCACCAACUCCAUGGCGUGCCAUCAUCUUAUCCGUUCCGACCUAUGCAUUAAUCAUUGCAUUGUUUGGACAAUACUGGAUGGCAUUUUAUUUCUUGAGUGUUCAUCCCACCUACAUGGGAACAAUUCUCAAUAUACCCAUUAAGGAGAAUGGUAUUUUAUCUUCGGGCCCACAUCUAACCCAAGCCAUUGCAGGAUUUUGUGCUUGUUGGUUAUCUUUCUGGCUGAAUCGAAAUGAUACUUCGAAAGUCAACUUAGUCAGAAAAGGAUGCAACAGCAUAAGCUGUUUUGCUUUUGCACUGGGAAUGAUCGGUGUAUAUUUUUCUGGCUGUAAUACUACGUGGAAUGAAAUAUGCCUAUUUAUUGCUACGGCGGCUGUUGGAUUCGGCUUUGCUGGAAGCCUAAUCGUUGCUGUUGAUAUGUCUCCAACGUUUUGCGGUGUAGUGAUGGGUCUGGCGAGUACUGUUGCUAGUUUAGCAGGAUUCAUUGUUCCUGUACUUGUUGGAAAACUUACCAAAGAAGAGCAAACUAUGGCACAAUGGCACAAAAUGUUCCUUAUCACUGCCUUUGUGGGGGCCGUGAGUGGAAUUGUUUUCCUUCUCUUUGGCUCAACAGAUGCUCAGUCUUACGAUCCAAGUUAUUCUAAAGACGAAAACAUGAAUAAUCCAUCCAAGCAAGAUGCUAAACCCAAAGAUGAAAUAUCUUCUAAUCUUUGACGACAUAUAUUAAUAGUCCUGGUGUAAAUGAUGCACAUCAAUAACAGAUCUCGUAUCAAAUAUUUCAUUUUGUGAAGAAAUUGUUUUUUACCGUCGUUUUUGUAUAGUGUAUAUGUUUUUAUUUAUU